AUGGAUGAUGCACUGGUGCUCCACCAGUCUGCGAUGAUUCCCUGUAGUGCUUCUUGCAGCAACCCACGAAUUUGGACAAGGCUCUCUGCAUUGGAAAACAUUACUAAUUUGAGAAGUCUUUGCCCCCACCCGAGUGUGUCUGUCUUUGCCCCCACCCGAGUGUGUCUGUCUUUGCCCCCACCCGAGUGUGUCUGUCUUUGCCCCCACCCGAGUGUGUCUGUCUUUGCCCCCACCCGAGUGUGUCUGUCUUUGCCCCCACCCGAGUGUGUCUGUCUUUGCCCCCACCCGAGUGUGUCUGUCUUUGCCCCCACCCGAGUGUGUCUGUCUUUGCCCCCACCCGAGUGUGUCUGUCUUUGCCCCCACCCGAGUGUGUCUGUCUUUGCCCCCACCCGAGUGUGUCUGUCUUUGCCCCCACCCGAGUGUGUCUGUCUUUGCCCCCACCCGAGUGUGUCUGUCUGUGCCCCCACCCGAGUGUGUCUGUCUGUGCCCCCACCCGAGUGUGUCUGUCUGUGCCCCCACCCGAGUGUGUCUGUCUGUGCCCCCACCCGAGUGUGUCUGUCUGUGCCCCCACCCCCGAUAACAGCUUUCUAA